GGAUGUGGAUAGAAACCAAAAGUGAGGCGGAACAGGCCGGCAGGAGACAGGCCAGCGUCUCUCGGCGGGUUUUGAACUCUGUGCUGCUGUGCACUGGAGACAUGGAGCACUUGGACAAGUACAUGGAGGACAAGGCGUUUGUGCUGCAGCUGGCCGUGUGGGGCCUGAGAGGGGUGACCAGAGUGAUCCUGGCCAACAACCCGCUGUGUGGCGUGCUCAUUAUGGCCGCUCUGCUCUGGGCCUCCCCCUGGCAGGGCCUGCUGGGAGCGCUGGGCGUGCUGGCCUCCACGCUCACAGCUGUUAUCACGGGACAGGACAGCGGCGAGGUGACGAAAGGUCUGCACGGUUUUAACGGCAUGCUGGUGUCUCUGCUGAUGGGCGUGUUCAGCUCCAGCGGGGACUGGUACUGGUGGCUGCUGCUGCCUGUCUGCCUGGCCUCGGCCACAUGCGUGUUCCUGUUCAGCGGCCUGGCCUCGCUCUUCGACCGAUGGGACUUGCCCGUCGCCGUGUUUCCCUUCAACAUCACCAUCCUCCUCUACCUCCUCUGCACCGGGCCCAACAACCCUUACUUCCCCCACCAUCCCGCCGUGCCGCCGGGGAUGCUGGAGGCUAACGGCACGUCGCUGAUCGCCAUCCAGGUGAUCCGCGGCAUCCCGCUGGGCGUCGGCCAGAUCUUUGCCUGUGGAGCGCUGGGGCCGUCCCUCCUCAUCCUGGGGUCCGUUCUGCUCUACUCCCCGCUGUUGGCCGUUCACGCCCUGCUGGGGUCGGCCAUCGGGACGCUGGCCGGUCUGUCCAUGGCUGUGCGUCACGAGGCUCUGUACUCAGGGCUGUCUGGGUUUAACGGCGCUCUGGGCUGCAUGGCUGUUGGAGGACUCUUCUUCACCUUCAGCUGGAGGACUCACCUCCUCGCCAUCGCUUGCGCCUUCCUGUCUGCAUACAGCGACAUAGCUCUGAGCAACAUGAUGGGAACUAUCGGCCUCCCGGUAUGCAGUCUGCCGGUGACCCUGGUGAUCACGCUGAUGCUGCUGCUGAACGGCAGCCUGGCGGCGUACCGCAUCCCCACCGGUCAGGUGAUGGCCCCCGAACGCAACCUGCGCUCCCGCAGCCAGUGGGAGGCCGGGAACACCGAGGAGAGGGAGAGCACGGACGUGUAGCAACGGGGGAACGCCUGGGAAA